UAGCGAGGGACGUCGUCGUCUGCUUAUGCUCUCUGUUAUGAACUUAGGUGGAGAUGAAAACAAAAUGUAACAUCAAGUAAAUUAAUAUCCGAUUCACAUUCAUUAUUAAAACUUAAUAACUUUAAAAAAAAACUUAAAAUAUGACAUAGAAUGAGACCUUCGUUUGCUAUUUCCCUAGAACAGACAAAAAGAGGUUAUGUUUGGAAUCUACAGGUCUUUUUUUUCUUUCCUUUUUUCAGUUCAUAAAUCCUCAAAGGGUAUUGCACGCUACACCCGAGAGCAUGCAUCUUCGCGCUUUACUCACCAUGGAAACACAAAGUGUCUGUUUGAGCAUAUGGAAUAGCUGGGAUUAAAGCUGAAGUUCACGAACAAAGGAUUGCACGUAUUUCACCCAACAGAACCAAUGCAUGAAGAACACUUAUUCUUCCUCGUGGAUUUUAACGUAUAACGGAGAAGGAGUUCAUUAUUCAUUUUCUUCGGCUUUUAAUUAAUUUACGUCGAGGGGAGAGGCGGUCCUCUUCCGAGAACUCCGAAAAAGAUGAUACACACGAGGAUUCUGUUGCACUCUCUCUCCUUUUUGAUUUUAGUGGUGCGGGUGAGCAGGCCGGUGUGUGUGGAGGUGCCUUCAGACACCGAGGCGGUUCUGGGGAACCCGAUGAAGCUCACCUGCAUCUCCUGUAUGAAGAGAGAGGAGGUCAACGCAGAGACACGGGUGGACUGGACCUACGUCACCUCCAACAACGACGAGAUCCCGAUGUACCUGUAUGACGGGCAGCCCCACGAUGUGGCGGGGCCGUUUAAGGGACGGCUCCUGUGGAACGGCAGCAAAGACCUGCAGGACGUCUCCAUCAGCUUCAGGAACGUCACCCUCAACGACACCGGCACCUACAAGUGCGAGGUGUUCCGCCAGUUCAACUUUGACUCCUACACACCCUUCUACAGAGGAGAGAAGAUCAUAAAUCUGGUGGUGAGAGAGAAAGCCCCUCAAGACACCACAGCCCUGUAUUCUGAGAUCAUGAUGUACGUGCUUUUGGUGUUCCUCACCUUCUGGCUCGUGGUGGAGAUGAUCUACUGCUACAGGAAGAUCUCCAAGUCUGACGAGCAGACGCAGGACAGCGCGACAGACUACCUAGCCAUUCCCUCUGAAAAUAAAGAGAACCUCGCUGCUCCAGUAACAGAGUGAUUUUCUCACACUCAAAAAAACGGUACUAAAGCACCCGUAAGCCGCUGUCGAUUGGCAUAAUUGCGCUGUAGGCUGAAGUCUUCAGUGGAACAUGCAGCGAAGGUGUCAAAUUCCGCCAUGGGGACCCAACCCCCCCACCGUCCCUUUGUCUUUGUGUGCUUGUGCAAAGGAUAUCAUCGUUGAUCAGUCGAAGCUUCCUGCUUAUUUCACACGCCUUUGUGAAGUAUCUGAUAACAGCUGUGGUAUGUUUGUGCCACUGUCAGCAACAGAGGACAAAAAGUACUUGGAAUGUGGUGGGAUUGUGGAGUAGAUAUGAAAAUGUUUUCCGAAUUUUGAAAUUGGAGAGAGACCUUGACCCUUGCACACAGUGCAGGCCUGGUAAACAUAGCUGCCAAGCUCUUUGUCAACAGGCCACCGGUUGGUUGCCAACAAGGAUACAGGCCAAAGUUCUGAUGUAAUCAGCUGUUGUCAUUAAACCUUCUUGUCUUCUGCUUUGUCAUAUACACAACUUUCACACAGUGACCACUGUUUUAUUAGAAUGAACUGUGUGUGCUUUGACAUUUUACUGACACAAAUACUUAGGAAUUGUUGCAAGCAAAAUAAUUUCAACCAUCCCGAUCCAGCUUAAGGACUGAAAUGACUGUUUUAAUAUGAGGUACACAUCCAGUUCCAGAUGUAUUGGCAUUUAUUUAGUGGAAAUAUUUCUGUGUCCAGUCCGUUCUAUUAUACAUAUACUUUUUUACACAUCUUAUGUAAUUUUGAUGGAAUGAUUUCACAUCACUGUAAGAAAAUAUUAUGGUGAAAGCUCCUCACAAGCUUGAAAUUCCUCACAAAAACCUGUGGGGUGCGACACAUGCCCCCCUCUAUGAGAGCGUGCUUGGGUCAGAUGGUAAAAUACUUUUUUAACAGUUGUGGGGUCAGUCAUGAAGAGGGCCAAAACAAAAGUGCAGCACUCUCAGAAACAGUUUUUUAUACAGUUAAACCACUUUAUAUUCACACUAUUGUCAUUAUGCCAAUUCACUGCUCUAAUAGAUUAUUUUAGUUUGUAUUUGAAUUGACAGGUAAUUGUCAGGUUAUGGGCAGAAAAUGAGGGCAAGAGAGGGGGAAGGAGAGAGAGAAUGAAGAAGGGAGUCAGUGAUGGAGAGAGAGGGCUUUUGUAUGCAUGUCAUCAAGCAGUGUUGUCAUUGAAUACAAUCUUCUGUUCAGCAGUUUCUUUUGCAGCCAUUAUUAGUGGUUUUUUUUUUAUUAAAUACAUUGUGCCUGACAUUUUUAGAAGUACUGUGAAGAGUGUGCUCAUUAUUUUCCAUUUUAUAUUACUUAUUCAUGUUGACUGUCUUGAACAAAUAAAAAUCUAAGUAAUUAAUGUCAAAA